UACAACUUCGAAAUUUCAUAACAAUAAAGUAUCAAUACCAAUAUUCGCGUUAUCUAGUAAUUACAUUUGAACGAUUUGUAAUGAUAUAUCUUUCAUCGCAGAGCCGCGAUGAAAAAUCAUUACUACCCUUUUGCAACGAAUUAAAUUAAAGCUACGCAAAAAGAUUGGCGGGAAGCGAUGUAUCGUUCUCGCUAAAUAUUUUGUGUCCGCACGUCAGUUUGACGGUAAACAGUCGUCCGUGUAAGGUAGCGCUAUUAUACGGCACGCUGUGCGUUACAUGCGCGCGGAUAGCAUCGAACGCGCGACGUAAACAACGCAACGCGGCACGAGCACAGUACACGUCUCAGUGUUCAUCGUCGGUUCGUGAUAGUUAGCUCGAUCGUCGCGGAGAGGUUGUUCGUUUGUGAAAUUCCAGGUGAAAUGAUGGAUUCCCAUCCACUAUUGAACUGUUUUGACAGUGUGAUACAAGAGCCCAGCGAUGUGUUACUCGGUGGAAUUAAUUACGAAAUGAUCGACGAAAAGUUCGAUCUCGAAAACUUCCAACUCUCACCACAUCUGCUGGACGAUUCGAUGGAUACGCUUCUAAGAUGCGACGAAAAUCUUGAUUAUGAACUUUUUAAUGAUAUGGAAAUCGUUUUCGAAUGCGAAGACUUUAAAUAUAACGUGGGUUUAUCAGCAGUUGAAAAAAGUGACGACGAUUCUCUAAAUCACUUGCGGAAUGUGAAAGAUAGCGAUGCCAAUACUGAAACUAAAAGCGUGAUUCAAAUAAAAACCCCGAGUGAAAUAAAUCAAGAAUUCGUCAGUGACGGCCGUACAAAAGAAUCGAAUUUCAACUCGGCCAAAAAGACGAAUGGCGAACUUAACCUCAAAACGCAAAUCGGUUCGUUGCACCACAACGCCACAACGACCAACGAGUGCGAAUUAUGCGGGAGAAAAUUCGCGAACAAGAGCAAUCUGAACAAGCACGUGAAAUCGCUGCAUCGCGGCGUCACCCACGCGUGCGACACGUGCGGCAAGGAGUUCUCGCUGCGCGGCAAUCUCAAGGCCCACGUGGACGGUGUGCACCGGGGCGUCACCCACGCCUGCGACAUCUGCGGCAAGUCGUUCUCGCAGAGCACCAAUCUCAAGAAUCACAUCGCGGCUGCGCACCAGGGCCGGCGCUACGUGUGCCAAGUCUGCGGCAAGGAUUACAAGAGCCGGGGUUAUCUCAAGACCCACGUGGAAACGGUGCACAGGGGCGUCCAGCACGCCUGCGAUCGUUGCCCCAAGUCUUACUCGCUCAAGAGCAAUCUCAAGAAGCACCAGGACUCGGUGCACGGCGGCGUCCGGCACGCGUGCCAAGUCUGCGGAAGGAUGUUCUCGCGCAGGAGUUAUCUCAAGGUCCACGUGGAUACGGUGCACAGUGACGCCGCGCACGAGUGCGACGUUUGCGACAAGAGAUUCACGACCAAGGGAAAUCUCAAGAAGCACAGAGACGCGGCGCACAACGGCGUCAGCAGCGCGUGCGAUCUGUGCGGAAAGACGUUUACGCAAAAAAUUUCCCUCCAAGUACACGUGAAAGCGGUGCACAAUGGUGUCAGUCACGCGUGCGAUACUUGCGGCAAGAAAUUCCCAACGAAGAAUCAUCUCAAAUCCCACAUCGAUAGGAUGCAUUGAUAAAAUCACCCCCGUGCAUAGGAUCGUCAAAAAAAUCAUAUUGAUACGGUGCAUCGCGAUGUGUUGCACAUGCAUGCUAUUACACGCUAAAAGAUGUUUAAACGUAAGAAGCGGUGUGUAAUUGUGUAAAAACUCAUAUCGAUGCAGUGUAAAAAGAAACCAGAUAUACAUGUGAUAUUCGCGGAGCGAAAUACAUAACGAAGAGGUAUAUUAAUCUUAACUCAGAGCAUCGCUCACGCUUUACAACUUCAUGAACGUGAAAAAUUUAAUUAACACGUUCAGAAAUCUAAUUUGAUACUUUUCAUUUAUAAUAAAUAUAAUCAGUUCCUACGAUGACAUUAUGUAGAAAACAAUGUUCAAGUGUGAAAAAAAUAAAUACAUUUUUGGAUCUUAA